UACUCAGCUGUGUUUUGAAAAUCAUUGAGGCGUAUCACAGCAUGGCAACUGAUAGUGAAGUUGGUGUGUCCGAAAAUAGGCCGUAUUACAAUGUACAAACCCAGUUUUUUAGUAUGGUGCUCGUGAAGAAUGUUAAAUUUGAGGACGAAAAUAGACAUUUUCUUUUUGGAACUCCUCAGCAACAAGCAGAUCUUCUGAAUAUGACUGUGAAAAGCUCCCUCUGUCAGCGGUUUCCACCCUCUUUGGCUCAUCAACUGUCUUUCUUGAAAGCAAUGCUUAAAAAGUGUGAAGAAAAUGGCUUUGAUAUUUGUGAUGAUCUUUAUGAGUCAUAUGCAUCACUCAUUGGAAUGGCACAAGACAACAAUCAUGUUUGCUUCAAGACAUAUUUUUUAUCUCCGAACAUGCAUAUUACAUUGGAGGAGUCCACUCAGAUGAUUUCCCAUGGUACAACUGGACUGUGUACUUGGCAAGCUGCCAAAUAUCUUGCAGAGUGGGCAGUGGAGAAUAAAGCACAUCUUAAAAAUAGACACAUUUUGGAGUUGGGAAGUGGACUUGGAUUUACUGGUCUUGUCAUCUGCAAAUGGUGUUGCCCAGCAAAAUACACAUUCACAGACUGCAAUGAUUAUGUUUUACAUGCAAUUGAAAAGAAUGUUGCUAUGAACCUUAAAUCGUUAAAAGUAGAAACAGAAGAAAAAGCAUGUUGCCACUGCAUUAAGAUAGACCACUCAAGUAAAAAUAAUAGUGACAUGGACAAAGAUAGUGACAAAUGUUUUAAGAUAUGUUCAAGUGGUCAAAAUCCAAUUGAAUAUUCUGGCAACCAUUUGUCUGAUAUAGAGCAAGACAGUGGUGGCUGCAGAGGAUUCUCAACUUAUUUUAAGAAGCUGGAUUGGGAGAAUUUUACGAAACAAGAAAUUACAGGUUUAAAGUCGGAAGUAAUCUUGGCUGCUGAUGUGGUGUAUGAUGAUCGAUUACUUGGGCCUCUUGGACAAGUUCUUUCAUGUCUGUUGUCAUCAUCAUCGUCGGUUUCAUCUCCUGUUGCUUUCAUCUCGUCAACUGUCAGAAAUGAAGCUACAUUUAACAGAUUUAUUGAAGUUCUUGACGAAAAAUCAAUUUCCUGGAAUGAAUUGGAAGGUCCGUCCAGAUCCAUCUUCCAUUAUGAUAAAGAAGUCUGCAUUAAACUUAUGAAGCUCUCAUGCCACUGAUGACAACAUUUGUGAACUGGGAACUGAAGUGAUUUAACAGUGCUUACUUGUCCAUAUUGUGGGACAUGUGGCUGCAAAGACUCGUCUACUCAUUUUGGUCGUUUGCUAGAGCACAUCCUCCACCUCUCCCAAUACCGUCCUCCGUCAGGUGGUCUGCGGCCUUCCUCUUUACCUUUUCCCUACAGGGGUCCAUCUUAGCGCAGUUUUUGGAAUCCUCUCACUGGGCAUUCUUAGUAUGUGACGAGCCAACCUAGCACUGAAAUAAAGGAUAAUUUGGUACUAGAAUCUUGGAUAAGAUGGAACUAGCAAGAUGAGGAGGGGAGAGUGAAAUUGGGAGGUCGAGUGAUGUGUAAGAUUAAUACUGUAGUUUAUUAAAUAAUGUAAUAUAAAAAUAAAACUGAAAGAAUAAAGACAACUUAAUAAUA